AUGGUUCAAGAGCUGUCUACCAUUGCAACGGCACAAUUCACGUCACUAUUACCGGAGAAUGAUUGCUAUUUGCAUAAGAAAGUGGACGAGUUUUUAGCCUCGGGUAAAGCAGGUCAAAUUUCAUGGGGUUUCUGCAUGGGCACGUGUGCAGGGUUUGCACUAAAAAAAGUGUCGAAAUUGGGGGCGGUGACUGUCGGUACUUUUUUCAUUAUAUUGCAAUGUGCGAGCUUCUCGGGAUAUGUGAACGUGAACUAUAAGAAAUUGAAGCGGGACGUGAAGGGUUAUCUUGACAUUGAUCAGGACGGCGUACUGGAUACCAAAGACUUGGACUCUAUGUACAAAUUGGUUAUGGAGGUAUUGGAGUUCAGUCUCCCUGCUGGUAGCGGCUUUGCUGCGGGCUUCAUACUGGGCUUUCGUUCGGGAUGA